AUGGCUCUCAACGGCGAACCUGCUCCCAAUCUAGAGAUUCCACCUUCUCAACACGUGGUUAACGUAUCUGUUAUCGACAGUACGGCCAAUGUGCGCUGUCCAUGGGGCUUCUUUGUCAAGAAUCCACUCCCGGGGCAUGAAACAUUGGAAUGUCCUUCAUUUGUGUUUCUUGUUCAACACCCUUCGGGGAAACGGGUCCUGUUUGACCUGGGUCUCCGAAAGGAUAUCGAGGGCUUCCCUCCAGUCAUUCAGCAGGGAAUGAAAGGUAUGCAUAUGGAGGCGGAGAAGGAUAUCGCUCAGAUCCUGAAAGACAGCGGCAAGCUUUCACUCGACGAAAUUGACGCCAUCAUCUGGAGUCACUGGCAUGCUGACCAUACCGGCGAUCCGUCUACUUUUCCUUCUUCGACCGACCUCGUUGUUGGACCCGGCUUUAAGAAAGCGAUACUUCCAGGGUAUCCCGCGAAUCCCCACGGAGUAAUUCUGGAAAGCGACUAUUCAGGACGCGAGCUCCAGGAGGUCGAUUUUUCGGAUAGCAUUCAGAUCGGUGAAUUUCGCGCUUUCGACUACUUUAACGACGGCAGUUUCUACUUGCUAGAUUCUCCAGGCCAUGCUGUCGGCCAUAUGUCUGCCCUGGCACGUACUACCCCCUCGACCUUUAUCCUCAUGGGUGGCGAUGGCUGCCAUCAUUCCGGGUCCUUGAGGCCUAGCAAGCAUUUCCCCCUGCCAGAUGAGGUUUCGCCCUCUCCCUUCUCCGUCCCCCCGCACUCACACGGCACCGUCUGUCCCGGUGCUAUUCUUGAAGCCAUUCAUCCUUUGCGCACCCGCACACAGCCAUACUAUGGUCUUUUGACAGAGGCCCAAGGCCGCGAUGUCCCUGCAGCAGAGGCGACGAUUCACAAGAUGAUUAGCUUCGAUGCAAACGAUAAUGUAUUCGUCGUGACUGCCCAUGACAGGAGUCUGAUUGAUGUCAUUGAUUUCUACCCAAACAGUGCGAACGAUUAG